AUGAAGACUCAUCAGAGUGUCUCAAGCCAAAGAAGAAAGUCAAGAAAGGCUCACUUUAGCGCUCCUUCAAGCAUUAGAAGAAAGAUCAUGAGCAGCCAUUUGAAUAAGGAGUUGAGAACCAAGUACGACGUGCGCUCUAUUCCCGUCCGCAAGGGUGAUGUCGUAAAAGUCAUGAGAGGUACUGGCAAGGGCAGAGAAGGCAAAGUCCUCACAGUCUACAGAAAGAAAUGGGCUGUUCACGUCGAAAAACUCACCAAGGAGAAGUCCAACGGUACCCAAGUCCAGAUCCCAGUACACGCAUCAAACCUCCUCAUCACCUAACUAAAGAUCGACAAGAACAGAAAAGCGAUCUUGGAAAGAAAGAAGAGAGUCACCAAGGAAAAGAACAAGCACAAGGAAGGUCUCGCCGGCCUCGACUGA